GAGCGUUUUCGAGGCGAUCCAACGUUUUCAUCAGACUCUACUCCGCUUCGAGUAAACAAACUUGUGCAAAAAUGCCCAGCCAAAUAUCCCAGCCGGUCGAGUUUUCCCUGUCGUGAAGUCAAUUUGGACUUUUCUUCUAGAUCUAAACAUGUUCUAUCUGUGCCCUCUGGCGAUAGUUGUCCUUCUAGCGACUUCAGUCGAUCCUCGCUCGCUGCCCUACUGUACAAAAACGCAAAUACCAGACUUGCUUAUCGAAGAAGGCGUCAUACACAUUGUCUACUCAAUGAAAAGUCGCUGUCGUCAAUGCUACUCAUUAGCAGUGAUGUUACCGAUAUUGAAAAAUCAAUUAGCCAUCAGUGAAAGAAUCGAUAUUAAAUUAAUAGUAGCGAUGGACAAAGUUGAAGGAAAUGGAAAAGAAAAAGGAUUAAUAAGCUAUGGAGAUAUGAAAAUCGAUACGACUGGAGAGAUUUAUCGCAGUCUAGGAAAAAAUAAUGGAUAUAUUUUUAUUAUUGACAGAUGUCGAAGAUUGACAUAUCGAAUAGUUCCAGAGCAUGCGAUGAAAUUUAAGCCUUACGUCUGGGCGACUUUAUUAUCUACUUUUAUCUCUAAUCCAUGUGGACAAUGUCACUUUACACUGUUAGAACAAUCGUCGCACGAGAUCCGAGUUGAAGAAACUUCGAAAAAAGUCGACACCUCACAGCCUCCAUCCAAUGUAGGUAGCGAUAGUUUAUCACCUACUGCAGAAAAUGCUACAAAGGAAAAAGAAGAAACACAAGGGGAAAUUGAAUUUGUCGAAUUCCUGUUAAAUAAGCAAAAAGAAAAACAAAUAGCAGAAAACAAAGUGGAGAAUGUAGUAACAAAUUUUUUCUCCUUUUUGAAAGCUGUUUUUGAAACCAAAGAAGAAAUGGAAAAACAAUCCAUAUCGAGCGAAAGCAGCUCACAAGAGGGAGUAGAGCCGUCGAUAGAAGGAUCCAAUGAAGCAAGCGAUGAAAAAGAAAAGUUGAGAAAUCAUUACAACAAGCUAAUCCCAUGGAUAUACAUCGCAAGCGAAUAUUGA